CUAUUUUUUUUUCUUUCGUCCACCAAACUUAGUUUGCGAGAUGCUGGGAUUGGAUUUAUUCUUGUCAUAGACCGCAGACAGGACAAAUGGAACUCCGUGAAAGCUUCCGUACUGCGGAUAGCAGCAGCUUUCCCAGGAAACUUGCAACUAGUCCUCGUCCUGCGCCCAACGGGAUUUUUUCAUCGUGCUCUCUCAGACAUUGCUUUCAAAUUCAACAAAGAUGAGUUUAAAAUGAAAGUACCUAUCAUAAUGCUGGGCUCAGUAUCAGAACUGCAGAGUUACAUUGAUAAAACACAAUUAACAGAAGAUCUUGGUGGCACCCUGGAUUACUGCCAUAACAGAUGGCUGUCCCGUCGCACUGCUAUAGAAAGUUUCGCCCAAAAGGUCAAGCAAACAGCUCAGAUUCUUCAGUCCUUUGGGGCUGAGCUGGCUGAAACAGAGCUACCAAAUGAUGUGCAGUCAACCAGCUCCCUUCUUGCAACACACACAGACAAGAAGGACAAAAUGAAGGAGGAUAUCAGGCUAGCAGUAGAACAGGGAGAUGAUAUCCUUGCAAGUAUUACAAAACCAGUUUCUGAGAAUCCUGAAUACAAACUGAAUCAAGAUCAGCUAGACAAUCAAACGACGGUAGAAAGGCUUCUGGCUCAAUUACAUGAAACAGAGACUGCCUUUGAUGAGUUUUGGAUUAAGCACCAGCAAAAACUCGAGCAGUGUCUGCGCCUUCGGAAUUUUGAACAGAAUUUCAGAGAGGUCAAAGCAGCUCUGGAUAUUGUGUCCGAGAGACUGUCUGCUUUCACAGAUGUGGGAAACAGCUGUUCACAUGUGGAGCAUAUUUUGAAAGAUCUUGCCAACUUUGAAGAAAAAUCAUGUGAAACUGUAGCAAAAGCCAGAAUGCUAGCCUCGGAGAGUGAUGCUUUUAUUCAAAGCAAUCAUUAUGCUGUGGACUCCAUUAUCCCAAAAUGCAGUGAACUUCAUCAUCUCUGUGAUGCCAUCACUACUGAGACAGAACGGAGGAGGAAUCUUCUUAACAAAUCUCUAGAACUGCAUGGCUUACUAGAAAAGUGUAUGAAGUGGUGCGAUGAAGGAAUCUACCUGCUGGCUUCACAGCCAGUAGAUAAGUGUCAGUCUCAGGAUGGUGCAGAAUCAGCGUUACAGGAGAUUGAGAAAUUCCUGGACACUGGUGCGGGCAAUAAAAUCAAGGAAUUGAAUAAAAUUUACAGAGAGUAUGGGCACAUCCUCAGUGAGGACCUAAAGGAGCAUGUGCAAAAGGUUUUCCAGAAGCAAGAAAGUAUGGAAGAAAUGUUUCAGAAGAGACAAGUAAGUCUUAAGAAACUGGCAGCUAAGCAGACACGUCCUGUUCAGCCAGUUGCACCUAGACCUGAAGCCUUUGUAAAAUCUCCUUGUACCUCUCCAAGUCUUCAAAGCGAAUACGUAUCCAACUCAGAAAGCAGUGCACUUCGGAGGGUAAACUACAGAAGGGGAAAGAGUGAAAUGACUGAACUCCAUCAAAGCAGAGGAGGAUCUACAAUGGAUGAUGAGGAAAACCUAGCUGUGUUACGGCAGCAUGUGAUUAAUGAACUUAUUGAGACUGAACGAGCAUAUGUGGAAGAACUUCUCUGUGUUCUUGAGGGAUAUGCUGCAGAGAUGGACAACCCCUUAAUGGCUCAUCUUAUUUCACCAGAACUCCAAAAUAAGAAGGAUAUCUUGUUUGGGAAUAUGGAAGAAAUUUAUCACUUUCACAACAGAAUAUUCUUGAGAGAACUAGAAAACUAUGUAGAAUACCCAGAACUAGUAGGACGGUGCUUUCUCGAUCAGAUGGAAGAUUUCCAGAUUUAUGAAAAAUACUGUCAAAAUAAACCUCGAUCUGAAAGUUUGUGGAGACAGUUUUCAGAUUCUGUCUUCUUUCAGGAAUGACAAAGGAAACUUGAUCACAAGCUCAGUUUGGACUCAUACUUGCUGAAACCCGUUCAAAGAAUAACCAAAUACCAAUUAUUGCUAAAGGAAAUGCUCAAGUACAGUAAGAACUGUGAUGGUGCUGAAGAUCUUCAGGAGGCAUUAACUUCUAUUCUGGGUAUUCUCAAAGCAGUUAAUGAUUCUAUGCACCAGAUAGCCAUUACAGGCUAUGAUGGAAACCUGAAUGAGCUGGGCAAGCUUUUAAUGCAGGGAUCCUUCAAUGUCUGGACUGAUCAUAAAAAGGGUCACUCAAAGGUGAAAGAUUUAGCACGCUUCAAGCCAAUGCAGCGACAUCUCUUCCUCCACGAGAAAGCAGUGCUCUUCUGUAAAAAGCGAGAAGAAAAUGGAGAGGGAUACGAGAAAGCACCUUCCUAUAGCUACAAACACUCCUUAAAUAUGGCAGCAGUUGGGAUAACAGAAAAUGUCAAAGGUGAUGCAAAAAAGUUUGAAAUUUGGUAUAAUGCAAGGGAAGAAGUUUACAUUAUACAGGCACCAACCCCUGAAGUUAAAGCUACUUGGGUAAAUGAGAUAAGAAAAGUACUGACGAGUCAACUGCAGGCAUGCAGAGAAGCUAGUCAGCACAGGACACUAGAACAAACACAGAGUUUACCUCUACCAGCAUCAUCUUGUACAAGUCCUUCACGGAACCACAUCAGAAACACCAAAAAAAUGGAGGAGAGAAAAGCUGAUCUCACAAGCCUAGAAGGUUAUGGCACCACAGUAGCACCAAAGCACCCUGAGAAAUGCAAAGAUGACACUAGCUCUACCUCAGAAUGCUCUGUACUGUCAAAAAAGUGCUUUACACUGCAGGGCUUUGCUAACCUCAAAAGUCAGAAAGCUUCUCCUACCAGUCCUGACAAAAAAGCUAAACGACACGAAGUAGUGAGUGACCCAACUCCUUUUGGUUUAAGAGGUUGGGCUAAAACCUCUCAUUCCCUUGAUGCAUCUGAAGAAAACGAUGGCUGGUCUAGCGCUGAGGAACCACUGAAUUCAUCAGAUGCGGAGGAAGAAGGAGGAGGAGGGGGAGGCGAGAUGAAGCUGACUCCUGGUAAAUAUACAGUUGUGACUGAUUAUGAGAAAGGAGUUGCUGAAGAAUUUACAGUGAAAAGUGGAGAACUAGUUCAACUGAUUCGUGAAGGGGAGGAUGGACUUUGGUAUGUGAAGAACCUGAGCACUGGUAGAGAAGGCUGGAUCCCAGCAAACAAUCUGCUGAUGCUCAUAGGCAAUUCAAAAUCAGCUCAAUCCUUAAGCAGCUCUGAAUCAGGCACUGCCUCCAGCACUUUGAGCACAUCAUCAAGUUGCAGUGAUAGCUGCAAUGCCAGCAGCACCAGCUUCUCGGACAUUAAGGGCUAA